GUCCUUGAACGCACCAUUGUACGUGCGCUAGCCUUCUCCCACUCUGCACAGAUUGUCAACUAUGCUGUAUUUUUACCGGGGUUUUUUCACUUCAUAUUUGCUCCCAAAUGCUGAUACUCUGUGGGAAUGCAUAAAGUGCUUCCCAGCUGCAGGAGCAUGCAGGUUUCAAUCCCAGAGGAGGAAUAUGUGGCCGCAAAAGGAGAAGAUAUCACUCUGACCUGCUCCUUCGUUCCGGCCAAACCUGACUUUAGCAUGCUGGUUCUCACGUGGGAAGCACAUCCCGACGACAUUGAGGCUCCAAUGAAAACUGUGGCCACCUUUUUUUUAAACAACCCGGUGGACAUCUCUCCCGCAUACGAAGGUCGAGCAUUUUUGGAAGUAGAUGUUGCCCGUCAGCUAAGCACACUGCGCUUAACAAAGCUGACUGUGAAGGACAGUCGUAGCUUCCAGUGCAGCGUCAAGAUCCCCAAUGAUGAUGAAGGAACGACUGCUGCCUCCACUUCCCUUCUAGUUCUAGUGGCUCCCUCUGCGCCCAUGUGCAGGCUUCAGGGAACAGCAGAAUAUUGGCAUGACAUCACCCUCACCUGCAUGUCUGAGGAGGGCUCCCCAAAACCUAGCUAUCAGUGGAAGAGCUACAGUGUGGAGAACAUACCCAGACAGUUCCCGCCCAAGACCGCUGAGAAAGAUGGAGCGCUAUCACUUUUCAACAUUUCAAGGGAGACGUCCGGCUUCUUUAUUUGUGUAUCAACUAAUCGAGUUGGCUCCGCCAGCUGCAACUUCACCUUAGCCGUGAUGCCCGGUGGCACAAACGUCGGCACUACUGCAGGUAUAAUUGGAGCCGUCAUCGCUGGAAUCAUCCUUCUCGGAAUCGUCACCUUCUGCUGCUGCAAGAAAAGGGGCAAAAAGGACGAGCAUGCUAAAGGAGAAAUGGAAUUUUCUGACAAGGAUGCUCCUGAGGCUGGAACUCGGUACCGGGAUGAAGCGUCUAAUGGUGGAACACAGCGGACUGAGUACAAAGAUGCUGUUCCUCAGAACACAGACGAUUUUCACCCUCAUGGCGGUUACGGUAGCGGUAGGGAAAACAACGAUGGCGACAGCGCUCAGCGUUACCAGGACAGCCAGCGUGAUCACCGCCGUGGCAGCCGCGAUCACCUGGACGAAAAACACUGUGAGGAACGUAACGAGCACAGAGGUAGUCGCGACAGGCUGGACGAUCGGCGGGGCAGCCGAGAUCGCCUCAAUGAUCAGCGCGAUCGCUACAGUCCUGAUCGAUGUGAUCGUUACGGCGGAAGUCGAGAUCGCCUCGACGUACGCGACGAGUACAGAGGUAGCCGCGACAGACUCGACGAUCAGAGUGACCGUUACGGCGGAAGCCGUGACCGCCUCGAAGAAGGGAAGCAGUACAGAGGAAGUGGCGAAAGGCUCGACGAUCCUCGCGACCGCUACGGUGGAAGUCGGGAUCGCCUUAAUGACCCCUAUUACCGCUAGCUUACUUUGUUAGAAUCAUGAUGGGGUGCAUGGGUACGGCAUUACCAUGCUUACCUAUGUACGGUACUUUGUUUUAAGGGUUCAUUUUCGGUACAGCAAGGGAACAACAUGCAGAACUUACUACUUAACUUGAAUGAUUUUUAAAAUGAAACAUCAAAAACUGAAAACUAUAGCAGGUAAAUCUCCAAUAAAUGUGUUCAUUCAUUUUCAAUGGAGAUUUGAACCGCCAAUCUCCUGACAGUGAGGUUGACAUGCUAACCUCUCGGCCACCGUGCAGCAUCGCCAAUAAGUGCAACUCUCAUUUUAAAAAUGGAAAUAUGAAAAAGAAAGUCUGAGUUAUUAUUUUAUUUUUACUAAAUGAAAGCUCCUUAUUGGCUGAAGUGCGGUAUUCAUAGUUCCAGCAUGUAGUCCUGUUCACGAUCUCUACUCAACAAUGCUGGCACACUGCUUUCAUCUUAUGCGCUUGUCUUUGUCCGUUUAAGUGUUUCACCGGGAAGGCCAAGUGUUCCUAAACGGGACACUUUAACGACAGAAGAGGGUUUUCAAGCUCUGAUUUAUUGUCGGCAUUAUUGCUAGCCAUUAUUCCCACUAACCAAAGGCUGGGCUGCCCCGUGCAGUGGAACCUCAGUUAGCGUCCGCCCUGGUUAGCGUGUUUUUCGAUUAACGUUGAAAAUUUACGCCAGAAUUUCACUUGGGUUUGUAUCCAUUUUUCAUUAUGCGUUCAAUAUGGCUCUCGUCUUGUCGCGUCAUCAAUACACCACUGUCCGACUGUCUUCUUAAUGUAUUUUUAUCACAAACCGUCCUGUUAGCAUCUUUAGCUUGCUAGCAAAAUGGCACCCGGAACAGGAAGUCAGCUAUGUUGCCCGUCUAUGAUGUCAUCAGCGGUUCACUCUCACAAAUGCUAACACAAAACACUUUCACAAUGAUAGGUUUACAUGCAUAAAACGAUUCCAAAUGCAUGUAAAUGACGAAUGAAAGGGAUUUAGGAGCAUUUAAGUUGACUUUUAGCUUCACUGAAGACGUGCGACAAAGACAUGUGGUGGUGAAAUCAACACGGACGCCACCUUUGUGUUUUGCUAUGAGUUAUUUCUGGAAUUCAAUAGGGUUUCUCACCUUCUUUAUCAAAAUGCUACCACUUGCAACUUCCUUUCGCUCCAUUUUGAGUUAAUGGUGUGAGAACCACUAUUGAAUUCAAGAAAUAAUUCAUGGCAAAACAGGAAGGUGGUGUCCAUGUGGUGUCUCGCUGCCGCAUCGUGUCUUUGGGAACAGGAGUAAGUAACGUGAAAUGUUCAUUUAUCCCUUUCAUUCAUCAUUUAUGUGAUGCAUUAAUGGAAUUGUUUUCUGAAAGUAAAACUAUAAUUGUAAAACUAUAAAAACAUGUUUUGUGUUAACAUUUUCGGCUUUCUGGAUCUAAUUAAUGACGCAAACCAAGGUUCCACUGUAUUUGCUUCCAGACAAAUGUGUGUCUGUUGUCACUACGCCAUCCACACCAGAAACGCCAUCGGUUCUGCACGUGCGCGAGACCAACAUCACAUCCUUCUUUCGCAAAUUUUUACGAUUGCGUGGUGACAGCGACGUCUGUAUGGCGAGGCAGUUACACUUCCUGUCCCUCACUUAUUGUGAGGGUUUGUAUGACAGUUGUCUGGAUCCCAGUAUGCAGAGGCGUACACGAGUUAUGAGAGAAAGAGUCUUUAAUACUGGUGUAAGCAGCUCAGGAACAAAAAACUACGAUGCCACGGAAAAGAAAAGGGCAUCGCGGAAAAAUGGAACAAGAUAUACUGUAACUGAAAAAUAUACCAAAGCUGGUCAGGCGGAGCUACCACAAAGCCGUGAGGAAAAACCAGGCGGGACUGGAUGGCCGACGGCAGCAGCACGGAUCUUGGCUUGGAGGUUCUGCCACGAGGAAUCACCGAGUGCCAUCCAGUCGCCACAGGUGAGCUUAAAAAAGGAGUGACCGACAAUGAGGCACAGCUGUGCCUGUUCUGUAGCUCCGCCCAACUAGAGAUCACCUGGGUCUGUGUGAUGACACAAAAGCAGAAAAUGAACAAGUGAAAGGAAAUAAGCCACAAAUAAUAACCUGUACCCAAAAUGUAAAACUAGUGUCUACGCCAGGCGUGACAGUAUUCCCCCCCCUCAUUCAAUGGACGCCCCCUGGUGGACCACCUGGUUUGUCUGGGAACCUACGGUAAAAAUCAGAAAUGAGGUUAUUGUCGAGAAUAAGCGGCCGGGAUAUCCAUGAACGGUCUUCGGGACCAUAACCCUCCCAGUCCACCAGAAACUGCACACCCCUGCCUCGUCUCCUGGCGUCCAGGAUCUCCUUGACGGUGUAGGCAAGAUGACCAUCCACAAGCCGGGGAGGUGGGGGGGUCGCCAAUGGGGGGCUCAGAGUACUGGAGACCACUGGCUUCAGACGGGAAACAUGGUGGACCGGAUGAAUCUUGAGAGAAGGGGGAAGUUUUAGGCGAGCCGUCACCGGAUUGAUCAUCCGCUCUACCUCAUAGGGACCAAUAAAUCUGGGCGCUAGCUUCUUAGUCUCUCCUGCCAGGGAGACAUCCCGAGAUGACAGCCAUACCUUCUGGCCGGGCUUGUAGGCGGGGGCUGGUUUGCGGUGGCGGUUGGCGAGCCUCUGAUUACGCUUGGCCGUACGGGAUAGAGCGGCCCUGGUACUGCGCCAGACGCGAUGGGCACGGCGAAGGAAUGCGGCCAGCGAGGGUACAGUGCAAUCGGCCUCUUGGGAGGGAAAAAUGGGGGGCUGAAAGCCGUGCACCACAUGAAAGGGGGAAAGGCCUGUCGCAGAACAAAUGAGGGUGUUGUGGGCGUACUCUACCCAUGGGAGAUACGUGGACCACGAAGAAGGACGCUGCUGGCACACACACCUCAGUGCUGCCCCCAAGUCCUGGUUGGCGCGCUCCGAUUGUCCGUUGGAUUGGGGAUGGUAGCCAGAUGAUAAACUUGCAGAUGCACCCAGAGACUUGCAAAAGGCUUUCCAUGUGGCAGAGGAAAAUUGAGGGCCCCUGUCCGACACCACGUCCUGAGGGAUGCCGUGAAGGCGCACCACAUGCUGAAUGAGUAACUUGGCUGUCUCUAUGGAGGAAGGGAGCUUGCGGAGGGGUAUGAAGUGUGUGAACUUGGAAAAUCUAUCCACAAUAGUGAGUAUAACAGUGAAUCCUGAGGAGGGCAGACCGGUGACAAAAUCCAAAGAGAUGUGAGACCAAGGGCGAGACGGGAUAGGGAGGGGGUGGAGCAGUCCUGCUGGCGCCUGAUGGGACGACUUGCCUCGUGCACAGUUGUAGCAAGCCGCCACAAAGCUCUUGGUGUCCGCAUGAAGGGUUGGCCACCAAAAACGUUGAGCGACAAGAAACGCUGUACGUCGGGCCCCUGGGUGACAAGCGAUCUUAGAGCAAUGAGCCCAGACCAGGACCUCUGAGCGAAGGGGUCUUGGGACAAAGAGGCGGCCAGGCGGACAACCACUUUGAGGAGGAGAAUCCUUGGAGGCUUCUGCCACCCGUCUCUCGAUCUCCCACCGCAGGGCACCCAGAAUCCGAGACUGGGGGAGGAUAGUCUCUGACUUCGGCUCUUCCACUGCCGGGGAAUACAUCCUGGAUAAUGCAUCAGGUUUUCCAUUGAGGGAACCAGGGCGGAACGUGAUGCAAAAAUCAAACCUCGUGAGGAAGAGGGCCCACCGCGCUUGGCGAGGGUUAAGGCGCUGGGCAGAACGGAUGUAGGAGAGGUUACGAUGGUCCGUGUAAAUCACAAAGGGGUGAGCCGCCCCCUCCAGCCAAUGUCUCCACUCUUGGAGAGCGAGUAUAACUGCCAGAAGUUCUCGGUUGCCAAUGUCAUAAUUCCUCUCUGCUGGUGAGAGGCGUCGAGAGAAAAAGGCACAGGGGUGCAGUUUCUGAUCCGCUGUGGACCGCUGGGAGAGCACGGCCCCGACUCCGGUGUCAGAUGCAUCUACCUCAACAAAAAAGGGGAGAGUAGGGUUAGGAUGAACAAGCACCGGAGCGGAAAUAAAAAAAUGUUUAAGGCGCCGAAAGGCUCGGUCUGCCUCCAGCGACCAACAAAAGGGAACUUUAGAUGAUGUGAGCUUAUUCAGAGGUUCCGCCACCUUGCUGAAAUCCCGUAUAAAACGCCGGUAAAAAUUGGCAAAACCCAGGAACCUCUGCAACAGCUUCCUUGAUGUAGGAAUGGGCCAGAGGGCCACAGCCUGGAUCUUGGCUGGGUCAGGUCUGAGUUGCCCUUUUUCCACAAUGAAACCCAAAAACGACACCGAAGACAUGUGAAAAGUACACUUCUGGGGUUUAACGUACAACUUAUUCUCUAGCAGUCUUUGAAGGACUAUACUGACGUGCUGCCUGUGUUGUUGCGUGGAACGAGAAAAAAUAAGGAUGUCGUCUAAAUAAACAAACACGAACCGGCCGAUCAUAUCACGAAGAACGUCAUUGAUCAGGCACUGAAACACGGCAGGAGCAUUAGUGAGACCGAAGGGCAUGACGCAAUACUCAAAAUGCCCUAACGGUGUGUUGAAGGCAGUCUUCCAUUCAUCCCCUCUCCGUACCCGCACCAAAUGAUAGGCGUUGCGUAGGUCGAGCUUAGUAAAUAUGACCGCGUCAUGAAGCGGCGUAAAAGCGGAAUCGAUGAGGGGCAGAGGAUAUUUAUUACGGACCGUAAUUUUAUUGAGGGCGCGGAAAUCUAUACACGGACGUAGAGUACCGUCUUUCUUUUUAACGAAGAAGAACCCAGCUGCAAGCGGAGAGGAAGAAGGACGGAUAUGACCCGCAGCCAGGGAGGAUGAGAUAUAUUCCUCCAGUGCAUGUUGUUCAGGUUGUGAAAUAUUGUACAAACGGGAGGAGGGGAGAGGAGAUCCCGGCAACAAAUCAAUGGCGCAGUCGUAUGGACGAUGGGGGGGAAGAGAAAAUGCUUUGAUCUUGCAAAAAACCUCACUAAUAUGAUGGUAUUCUCUGGGUACAGAUGACAUAUCGGGAGGAGUACAGGUGGAAGGUUUAACAGCACUGACAGGGGAAGAGGCAGCCCGGAGACAAUGACUAUGGCAAAAGGUGGACCAAUUAGAAAUUUUAAGAAUAGACCAAUCUAUAGUAGGAUUAUGCCGCUGCAGCCAGGGCAACCCAAGCACCAACGGGGCUGAACGAGACGGAAUAACAAAAAACUUAAUUACCUCGUGGUGGUUACCCGCAAGCAGCAACGAGACCGCGUGUGUCUGGUGGGAAAUACUCGCCAGGUGGCGCCCAUCAAGAGAACGGACAUUCUUAACAUUAUCCAUCUUAGAAACUGGAAUAUUCAUAGAAUUAAUCAGUCCACAAUCAAUAAAAUUUUCAUCAGCCCCCGAGUCAAUAAGUGCCCGUACAGGACACGUUCCCCCCGGCCAAGAAAGAGUACCUUCUAUUUGGAGACGUCCCACCAUGGAUGACGAAGCCGAGGCCUGAGUGAGAGGGAGGGGUCCUCCUCCCCGAGGCGUAUCCCCAGUGGACGACGAACGACGUCUUGUGGGCCGGGCUGGGCAGGUUGCGAUGUUGUGGCCCGCCUCCCCGCAGUAGAGGCAUAGGUGCAACCUUCGGCGACGGCUCCUCUCCGCCGCCGACAGACGACUACCUCCGAGUUGCAUGGGCACCACCCCCUCGGCGUCUUCUAGUGGCGUUCCGGCGCUGGAGGGUGGAAGCAGCGGGUUCGAACGAAGACCAAGCUGUGGAGCCGAAUCAAGCCGGGGUGGUGGAAGAGGCUCCGCCUUCCGCUGUGCGCUGCGCUCCCGCAGGCGGUUGUCGAGGCGGAUGGAGAGUGAGAUGAGAUCCUCCAAGGAGCGGGUCUCAUCCCGAGCGGCCAAUUCAUCCUGGAGGCGAGCGUUGAGACUGGCCAGGUAGACACACCGCAGAGCCUUCUCAUUCCAGCCGCUUUCUGCUGCCAAGAUCCGGAAGGAGAUUGAGUGAUCCGCCACGGACGCGGCGCCUUGACGUAUGGUAAGGAGGCGGCCGCCAGCCUCGCGUUCCCUUACGGGGUGAUCAAACACACUCCGGAAUUCUGCCGUGAAGAGAGGUAAGCUGGAGCACAGUUCCGGUUUGCUUUCGCACAUCGCCAUGGCCCAACUGGCGGCACGACCGGAGAGCAAGCUGAGCAUAUAUGCCACUUUAGAGGAGUCCGUGGCGUACGUGUGGGGCUGUUGGGCGAAGAUCAAGGAGCACUGGUGUAUGAAGAGCUGACACUGGCCAAAGUCGCCGCCAUACCUUGCUGGGUGUGGAAUGCUGGGCUCACGGAAAGCGAAAUGGGAGGAUACAGCAAGUGUAUCGCUUGCUGCUGCGGGCUGCGUUGGUUCAGCAGCCGCUGUCUGCGGGGCUCCCGUGAUACUUGCGUGCAGCUCGCGCACCAGCGUGGUCAAGUCACUCAACGUUUGCUCGUGGGCACUAAUGCGCUGGCCAUGAGCCCGAAGAGCCAUCUGGACCUGACUCUCCUCUGCGGGAUCCAUACUUAUUGACUCGGUGAUUCUGUGAGGGUUUGUAUGACAGUUGUCUGGAUCCCAGUAUGCAGAGGCGUACACGAGUUAUGAGAGAAAGAGUCUUUAAUACUGGUGUAAGCAGCUCAGGAACAAAAAACUACGAUGCCACGGAAAAGAAAAGGGCAUCGCGGAAAAAUGGAACAAGAUAUACUGUAACUGAAAAAUAUACCAAAGCUGGUCAGGCGGAGCUACCACAAAGCCGUGAGGAAAAACCAGGCGGGACUGGAUGGCCGACGGCAGCAGCACGGAUCUUGGCUUGGAGGUUCUGCCACGAGGAAUCACCGAGUGCCAUCCAGUCGCCACAGGUGAGCUUAAAAAAGGAGUGACCGACAAUGAGGCACAGCUGUGCCUGUUCUGUAGCUCCGCCCAACUAGAGAUCACCUGGGUCUGUGUGAUGACACAAAAGCAGAAAAUGAACAAGUGAAAGGAAAUAAGCCACAAAUAAUAACCUGUACCCAAAAUGUAAAACUAGUGUCUACGCCAGGCGUGACACUUAUAAUGCGUACCCUGUGGGAACUCAGUAUGCCUCUGUCCCGUACCGAUUACGAAUCCAUGUACCGUUAACCCCACUGAGGAUAAAUACAAGAAAGUAACUGAAUAAAAGCGUGUUACUGAGUUUGUUUUUUAUAUUUUUGUUGUUUAUAGUAUGCCCAUACAGUGGUCCCUUGCUCUAUCGCGGACAGAUUUUUCUUUUUUUCUUGCAGCGUAUGAACGCUGCGAGCCUGGCCCUUUAAGAAGAAUUGCAUUAGGGGAAGUUGAGUGUCUCUCUCUCUCUCUCCCGUUGCUCAUUCGUCUGCACCACCCAUUGUCUUCUGCGUCCUGAUUGGCUGUAGGCCAUUGUCAAUCAAUCUCCUUCCUCUCCUGUGUCAUUGCUAGCUUGCUAGCUUGCAAAUGAAUGUUCGGUUUGAACAAAGAUACAAAAAUGCUGCAGUACAGUCGAACGGCGCCAGGACGAAAAGGCACAGUCGCAGGAGUGAAAUAUGCGUGAAUCGCUUAAUCAUUUCUUGUAUCCAACCUGUAGGUUGAUCAUUACAAUUCAAAGGAAGGUUUCAACUUUUUGGUGAGAGACAAAAGAAAAAUGCGAUAUGAGAAAAGUUUACAAAGUGUAUGGUGAGGGCUUUUACAGCCUUGAAACAUAUAUAAGAGUAAAAAAAAUGAAGUUGGCUACUUUGGGAACCUAAGUUUAUCCCCUGCGAUAAACGAGGGAACUCUGUGCAGCUUUAUACCCUGUUUUUAAAAAUAUUUGAUUGUUCUUUCUUCAAUUAAAAUCCUUGUAAACUUUUUAUUUGUUAUGAUUUCUUUGACUUUCUGCAUUCUCUUAUGUUAAUGUUGGGUGUG